CUAUAUAAUUGAAUUUUAUACACUUGCGUGUGCCUCUUGUGAUCUCUUCUCGUAGUUUGGAAUUCAUACAUUUUAUAUUUGAAAUUGAAAUAGAUUAAAAUUUAUUAUAAAUGAAGACAAUUUUUGCAUAUUGUUUGAAAUGGUCAAAAAAUUGUCUUCGAAUAACUGUUCCUCGUUAUUUCCAUACUGUUAAAUCACCUGAGCUAUUCAUGAAUACAAAUAUGGGAAAAAGUAAUUUGAAUGAUUACAUUGUUUGGUUAGAUAUGGAAAUGAGUGGCAUUGAUGUAAAUACAUCUCAAAUCUUGGAAAUAGCAUGCUUAAUCACUAAUAAAGAUUUAAAAGUUGUAAGCGAAGAUCUAAACAUUAUUAUACAUCAGCCAGAUGAAAUAUUAAACAAUAUGAAUUACUGGUGCAUGGCAACUCAUCAAAAAACAGGAUUAAUCAAUGAGUCCCGUUUAAGUAAAACUACAGUAGAAGAUGCUGAACAGAUUGUACUAAAGUAUUUAAAAACAUAUAUUGAAAAAGAAGCAACAUGCCCACUAGCAGGAAGUUCAGUUUAUGUGGAUCGCAUGUUUUUGUAUAAAUAUAUGCCAUUAGUUAAUAAUUAUUUACAUUAUAGAAUUAUUGAUACUUCUACUAUUAAAGAAUUAAUAAAGAGAUGGAAUAUAAAUGUACCUAUUUUUAAAAAAAAUCAUGUUCAUAGAGCAUUGCCUGAUGUAAAAGAAAGUAUAAGAGAAUUGCAAUGUUAUAAAAAUCAUAUAUUCGAUCUAUGUAUUAGAAGUUAAUAUGGUCAUGAAUUUUAUUUUACAAAAGUAACAAUCAAUAAUAUCAAAAUAAUAAACAAGCAGUACGAUUAGAUAAUAAUUAACAAAUGUCAAAGAUAAUAGAAAACUGUAUAUUGCAAUGUAAAAUAUUUUAGUACCAAGCCUAAUGCUUGAAUUUAAUUAUUUAAAUACACAUUUAACAGUUUAAUAAACAUUGUGUCAUAUGUUCAUGCCAAA